GAAGCGGAGGGCAGGUGCGCCUGCGCAGUACCGCCCGGGCAGGAGGAGGGCAGUGAUGGAGGGAGCUUUGACAGCCCACCAGGAAAUACAGGAAGAAGAUACUGGUUUCAUCAGUAAGUUAUUGGAAGAUGUGGAAGAAAAACUCAGCCCAGUUGUAGAAGAAAAUAGUAUAGCACCAGUUAAAAAACAGGGACCUAAUUUACACAAUUGGAGCACUGACUGGAACUUUUGGAUUUCAAGUUCUACCUACAAAUAUAGAAAUGAAGAAUUUAAAAGACAAUUCUCCCAUCUUCCUGAAUCAGAGAGGCUAGUAGUUGAUAAGAAGAGAAAAAAUUAUGCCUGUGCUCUUCAGAAGGACAUUCUGCUUCAGGGACGCCUGUACCUUUCAGAAAACUGGCUCUGUUUCCAUAGCAACAUCUUUAGAUGGGAAACCACAAUUUCCAUUGCCUUGAAGGACAUAACCUUUAUGACCAAGGAGAAGACUGCUCAACUUAUUCCAAAUGCCAUUCAGAUUAUUACAGAGAGUGAAAAGUUUUUCUUUACGUCCUUUGGUGCCAGAGAUAGAAGUUACCUCAGUAUCUUUAGAUUGUGGCAGAAUGUAUUACUAGAGAAGAGCCUGACCAAACAGGAAUUCUGGCAGUUGGUCCAGCAGAGCUAUGGCACUGAGCUCGGUCUGAAUGCUGAAGAGAUGGAAAACUUGUCAUUGUCACUCGAGAAUAAUGAGCAUUCAAGAAGUCCAAGAAGAAGCAGCUUGGAAGAAUCUGGAGAAAGAGAUGGAAAAUUAUCAAGAUCCAUCAGUUUUACUCGUGUACCUCUUAGUAGGGUUCCAGAGACAGAGUCACUUAAUGGAAGUACAUCCAGAAUGGGAUUACGGAAAGAGGAUUCCCCAAGUCCCAAAUUAGACAUGAAGAGCCCUAAUAAGUCUCCACCCAAGGCCCUGGACCUGAACAAGAAUGAAUACUUUUCUCUAGAUAAAAGCAGCACUUCAGAUUCUAUUGAUGAAGAUGAAGAAGAUAUUUCUAAGAGAGACCUUAAUGGAAGACGUUUUGUGAACUGUGUUUUUCAUAUCAGUGCUGAUAGAAUGUUUGAAUUGCUUUUCACCAGUUCACGCUUCAUGGAGAAAUUCAUGAAUUCCAGAAGUAUAAUAGAUGUAGUUUCUACCCCUUGGAAUGUUGAAACUGGUGGUGAUCAACUAAGAACUAUGACCUACACUAUAGUUCUCAACAAUCCACUUACUGGAAAGUUCACUGCAGCCACUGAAAAGCAGAUACUAUAUAAAGAAAGUCAGGAAGCACGAUUUUACUUGGUGGAUGCAGAAGUUGUGACACAUGAUGUUCCCUAUCAUGAUUAUUUUUACACUUUGAACAGAUACUGCAUCAUUCGUUCUUCAAAACAGAAAUGCAGGCUAAGAGUUACUACAGAGUUGAAAUAUAGAAAACAACCAUGGGGCCUUAUAAAGUCUGUAAUUGAAAAGACCUCUUGGAGCUCAUUGGAACAGUAUUUCAAACAACUUGAAUUAGAUCUGUUAAUGGAGGAGUCUUUGCCAGAGCAGUCUGUUGAAGAUCCUGGAAAACCCAGUGGCUUACGGAGGAGAAGACGGACAUAUAAUCGAAAUAUGACAGAAAUGCUUCCUACACACUCUUCUCCACUCCCCCCAGGGACCAUAGGCCCGGACUCCAAGGGAGACAUUAAAGGAAGGAAGAAAGAAACUGAAAACCGUAACAUUGCCAUGAUUGUGGUGAUGAGUGUCUUUUUGCUGUUGCUGGUCUUGUUGAAUGUGACGCUCUUUCUCAAGCUGUCCAAGAUAGAGCAUGCGGCUCAGUCAUUUAAUCAUCAUCUUCACGUCCAGGAAGAAAAGUCUGGAAAUUCAGCCUCUGAUGCGGUAUCAAGAGGAGAAAACACUCAGAAAAGCAAAGAUCAGUCUCAUCGAUUGAGAGGAGUUCUUAGAGACUCCAUAACCAUGCUCGAGCAGCUGAAGACCUCCCUCAUUAUGCUCCAGAGAACCUUUGAUCUCUUGAAUAAGAACGAGACUGGUGUUGCUGUUGAGAGCUAGCAGUCUCAGGGCCUAAAACUCCCAUGAACUGAGACAAUGAAUGAAGAGAUUUGUAAAUAAUCCAGAGGAGAAGGAUUUCACUUGUCACAGCAAUAUCUGCAUUAAGUUAUUUUUCCCUCAUUGGUUUAUUGUAUGUCCAAUAAAAAGGAUAUUUUGAGUAUUUAUUUAAUGAUUAUGGUCACCUUUGACAUUGAGAAUAUAUCCUUUUGUUUCUUUCACAUAUUUCAAAGCUGUGAAUUUGUAGGAUGAACAGGUAGAACUACUGUACUAUUGAAUUUCUGUGAUUUAUAUAAAUAAUGCAAAGCACUUUAAAUUGGGGCCCAUUACUUUCUCUAGUGCAGGUUGGGUUUUUAGGUUAAAUUCAGAUGUCAUCACGGAUUGAACAGCUAAUGUUAAGUAAUGUGUUUUUCCAUCAGAGUUACCUGUCUCAUGAAUGCAACAUCAGGAAAAAACUCUUUUUUCUUUGUGUUAAAGGAAAAGUAUAGGUUCUUUUCAUGAGUUAUUUCUAAGUUUAUUUAUAAUUCUUCCAUUAUUCACUGUGGAAGUUCAGUAGUUAAAUCCUUUUGGGUUUGAGCCUGAGUGGAAAUGUUUCCAAAGAUCUGGCCAGUUCAUCUGAUGUGGCUAGUAACUCUUAAAGAAAUAUUUUCUUUUUAUAAAAAAUGGCUGUCAGAAGUGACAUGGCUUUUUGUGUGAAUAAUGGCAGAACAAUCUUUCAGGCAGACUGAGUAGGAAAGUAGAUUAGCAGAAAAAAAAAAUGAAGAUUCCUGUUCCCCGUCUUAAAAGCUAGAACACUCUGCUGUUAAAAUCUAGGCAUUUACUGAUGGAUAAGGAAGACUUGAACUGAGAGCUUAGCUUUAUUUUAGUAGCUCUCCCCAACUGAUGGAAGUGAACCAACUGAUUGUUAAUAAUUUCAGGCAUUAUUUUUCAGUGACCAUAUAGGUCAUCAUUCUUUUUAUGUACAUAGGUGUUUUGUUUUAGCAGAUAAGAUACAAGCUAGACAAGUCUUGGCUCCUUCAUUUAGACCUUCUUUCUCAAUGUAUGUAGGCAUUCUUAUACAAGUGUGCUGUCCUUAUGAACAGAAAAAAAAACCCCAAAAGUUUCUUCAGGAGUUACUAUAUUGAAAUAGAAAGCUGGGGGGGGGGAAGGAAGGAGCUCUGUGUUUUUACCCCAGAAUGCUAGAAAAACAUUGGAUGAGAAUUUUCUUUCAUAAAUUCUUAUUCCAGUUGACGAGCUGUAGGUUUGAGUUAAACCUUUCCUAAUAUUUCCAGUCAUAGAAACCCCAUAGGAUUAUUACAGCCUUUCCUUAAGAGUCCAGUAAAGAAUAGAAAUACUGAUUGUAGGGUUGUAGUACGUUGAUUCUGACUUCCAUCUCCACAAGUAGUGUCUGAGUACCUGUAGUGAGGAGUUCCCUGAGGGGCUGGGGGUGAGGCUAUAAACAGCAAUUAUGGAAUUUUAAAAUGAGAACUCAAUGUUCAGUCAUGUUUGUUAUGGGUACAAGAAGGGUAAAUAACAAACUAAACACUUUCUGUGGUGAUUCUUAAACCAUAGAGAUUGUCCUUACAAUAUACCUCAAACCAAAUGAUAAAUGAUAAAUUCAGACUAAAUGUUUAUGUACAAGUUAUGAAAUUUCUAAGAAAAUUUGAACUUGUCAUGUAAAUUAACUAUCAAUAAAACACUUAAAAUUCUUGUA